GUUCCUGGGGCACAUCGCCCAAGGUUAGAUUGGCGGGGUUCAAGCCACAACGCGUCCCGCCCACCGCGACUCACCGAAACAACUUCCCGCCGAUAAUUGAGCCAGAACGAAAGUCGCUGUACCCCAUUUAGCGCCGACCACAUUUGACUUUGGCACAUCGUACGAAACAGAGAAAGAAAGAGGCAGCUUCAUCAUCACAAUGGAGCAGGGGCGGGACUCCACGUUGCUGCACUCGCAGCCGGAGUUGUCGCCGUUGGAGGCCGAGGUGCUAGAAGAGUACGAAAAGUUGGCGGACAACAUGAAGAAGCUUGCUUCAACACUCGAAGACCUAAGCGGCUCGCCGAGCACCGAGAUCCUCGACGGCCUGCGGGAGCUGGAGCGCAAGACGAGCUUGGUCUUUACUCUACUCAAGGCGAGUGUGUACAGCAUAGUGCUGCAGCAGGAAAUCGAUUGGGGUGACCAAGCCAGGAGCCAGGAGGAAGAGGAGUAGAGGAAGACAAAUACAUGGGAUCACAAGGGUGCAACAUCUAUAUUGAGAGAAGGCAUGUUGCUAUCCGCGGCAUUUCUGUCCGGAUUGCAUCGCGAGAGGAAGAUGGAGAGUGUACAAAUGCAUGACGAGACAAAGAUCAGAGCAGAUACCCCAAGAAAUACACGACGCCAAUCACUUUAUGACAUCAAGAGUUGCGUUCACUAUUCGCGGGGACCACAGAGGGAGU